CCACGACCAAGACGAAACAGUCGAGAGGCUCUUCUCCUGUGUCUACCACAUAGUGUGCUCAAAAGAAGCUCCCUGUGUGCUCUGUAAAUCAUGUUCAAGUCAAGAUGCUGCAUGAAUCUCGUCUCUGCUGGCAAAUCAGGUGUUUCUACAGCUUACUCUGCUCGCUCAUUCUCUAGCGCUACGAGACAUGCUCCUCGUCCCUCCUCUCGUAUCCGCUACCUCAUCAUCGUCAUGCCCAUCACGGCUUUUGCCCUUGGAACGUGGCAAGUACAGCGGCGACAGUGGAAGCUGGACCUAAUUGACGAGGUGGAGGAGAAAUUGAGGCGACCAGCACUCGCGUCCCUGAAUGAGAUUGAUCCACUCUUGCAGCAGCCCGCAGAAGCGGGUGAUGCUGUGCCUGUGCAACUGCGUGGUACAUUUCAGCAUGAUAGAGAGAUGCUUGUUGGUCCGCGGCAGCGAGACGGCCAGACUGGUUAUCAUGUCGUAACGCCCUUUAGGGAGCUUGAGACUCAACGAGGCUUGCUUGUCAAUCGCGGCUGGAUCAGCAAGACGCUCGCACGGCAACAAGACCGACCAGCUGGACUGCCACAAAGUACCACAAGCAUCUUUGGACUACUACGGCGAACAACCAACAAGAACUUAUUCACACCUGCGAAUAAUGAUGUGAAAGGUCAAUACUACUAUGUCGAUAUUGAACAAAUGUCGGCGCAUACAGGAUGCGAGCCUAUCCUUGUGGAAGAGACUAUUGACGCAUCGUAUGCAACUGACGAUCUGGAGGAGCAGGGUAUCCCUGUUGGCAAGCCACAUGAAGUCUUGCUCCGCAACAACCACAUGCAGUACAUCGUCACUUGGUAUGCGUUGGCAUUGGCGACGAGCGCCAUGAGCGUCUCCCUUUUCCGCAAAGCACCGACAACGGCGUUCACCCGCGCGAGACGGUCUGCUUCAUAGCAUGCAAUAGUCAAAGUACUGCUCAGCGAAUCACUUGGGACCAUUCGUGCUCUUGCAGUUCACCCUUCAGCACCUCUUCCAGAGCCAUUUCCUUCUCAAUCCGUUCGUUGUUGAGCUGCAACGAAGCCGCUU